GUGCAGUUUUCGGAGUGACGAUGUUUGGACGACUUGCGCGCGGCGUGCGAACGAGUGUGACCUCCAUGGGAGUGUCCUCUGGAAGCAUGUCUACCCUCUCGCAUGGACGAAAGGGGUUGCAGGAACUGCUCCAACGGAACAAGAAGUGGGCACAUGACAUCAAGAAGCAAAACCCGACCUACUUUUCCAAACUCGUGGACCAGCAGUCCCCUGAAGUGUUGUGGAUUGGAUGCUCGGACUCUCGCGUACCGGCGAACGAAAUCCUCAACUUGCCGCCGGGCGAGGUGUUUGUGCAUCGCAACAUUGCAAACCAAUUCUUGAGCACGGACUUGAACGCGCUGUCAGUGUUGGAGUACGCCGUCACGGCACUGAAAGUGAAGCACAUCAUUGUGUGUGGUCAUUACGGAUGUGGGGGCGUGAAUGCUGCCAUGACCCAGAAGGAGUUUGGACUGGUCGACAAUUGGCUUCGCAGCAUCAAGGACAUUUACAGCGAUAACGCCAACGUUCUCGGCCGUACGCGAUGGCAUGCGUCCAACUCGUGGACUUGUUGACUCUGGUUUAGGCAUAUCGGACGACAAGAAGCGAUCCGACUUGCUGACAGAGCUGAACGUGGCCAAGGCCGUGUACAACGUCUGCCAUACGCGCAUCGUGCAAACCGCGUGGCAAAGCGGGCAGGAACUGCACAUCCAUGGCUGGUGCUACCGGUUAAAGGACGGGAUCAUUCGAGAUUUGAAGAUUUGCAUCUCGGGCGAAGAUCAAGUCGAAGAUAUCUACCGCAAGAUGCAGGAAAAGGAAAGCCCAGAGCUGUAAAGCUACGUACGUUUUCCCUGUGUGGGUUUAAUCGGGGGGUGUUAGAGAGGGUUAACCGUCGCCACCUGUCCCCUGCUAUGCAUAUACCACUUAGUACAAUACUAGUAUGUCCUGCACAGAUCUCAGUACCUUGUAAUUGCUUCUGGCGAAGUUCUCGC